AUGGGAGAUUAUGCUGAAGCAGAGGGUAUCGCUCUGAAACGCUUAGCAGAGGAACGAAAAGCAUGGCGAAAAGAUCAUCCCUUCGGUUUUGUAGCCAAGCCCAUGAAGAACCCUGAUGGGUCGUUAGACCUGAUGACUUGGAAUUGUAGUAUACCUGGGAAAAAAGGCACAUUGUGGGAGGGAGGAUUGUUCAGUCUUAGAAUGUACUUCAAGCCGGAAUAUCCUACAACACCUCCCAAAUGCAAGUUUGAGCCACCUUUAUUCCAUCCCAAUGUAUUUCCGUCUGGUACCGUGUGUCUUUCCCUCUUGGAUGAAGAAAAACAUUGGAGACCGGCAGUUACAAUCAAACAAAUUCUCUUAGGUAUUCAAGAUUUAUUAGAUCACCCAAAUCCCAAAGAUCCUGCUCAAGCUGAUGCCUAUACAUUAUAUAUACAAAACAGAAAAGAAUACGACAGUCGGGUUAAAAAGCAGGCUGAGUCUUUUCGAAAUCCCAACUUGUAA